AUGUCCGCGGGCUCCGGGAGCGAGGCGGAGGAGCUGCCCGCCAUGGAGCUGCGCGCCCUGCAGCUGCGCUACGCGCCGCCGGGCAAGCGGCAGCCGCGCGGCGAGCCCUACCCGUCGGGGGACAACUCCUCGGCGGAGGAGGACGACGAGGAGGACGAGGAGGACGAGGAGGAGGAGGAGGAUGGCGAGGGCAGCGGCGCGGCGGGCGGCAAGAGGAAGCGGCCCCGCGGCGGCGGCGGCGGCGGGGCCAAGAGGGCGGCGGGGCCGCGCGCGGCGCCCGCCGAGGGGAAGCAGUCGCAGCGCAACGCGGCGAACGCGCGGGAGCGCGCGCGGAUGCGCGUGCUGAGCAAGGCGUUCUCGCGCCUCAAGACGAGCCUGCCCUGGGUGCCGCCCGACACGAAGCUCUCCAAGCUGGACACGCUGCGCCUCGCCUCGAGCUACAUCGCGCACCUGCGGCAGCUGCUGCAGGAGGAGCGCUACGAGGGCGCCUACGCGCACCCCGUCAGCCUGACUUGGCCAUUUGUGGUUUCAGGACGACCGGACUCUGACUCUAAAGAAGUUUCUACUGCCAGCAGAUUAUGUGGAACUACCGCGUAGUCCAAAACACAGAAGGAAAUAAAUAUGCAGAGAGCUGCACGGAAGGGAGGCGGAGGAGAGGAGGAGGCAGCUGCAGCCUGCGAUCCGGGAAGGCCUCUCCCUGGCUUCGUCGCUCUUGUCGCUGCCUCAGGACCUGCUGUUCUGAGGCUGUUAAACUAACGGAGGAGGAAUAUAAUGAUGUAGCAUUAACAGCAUGGACCAAAGUACAACUCUACCGACUAACCCCAACCAGUGUUAUCUGUAUUCUAAAGCAAAGCAGUAUUUUAGAGUAGCUUUGAACCUCAGAUAGAUUUAUAAUAUAUUUUGAUGGCUUUUGUACUCAUGGAUCCGGUUUCCUGCAACUAUGCAAUAAGUGUAGUCAUCCUUUCUGUGUGUCCUUUUAGCCAGGGUUUCCUUAAAGAAAUGUAGCUGAGUUGUCCAUUUAGGCUGUCAUCCUUUGGAUCUGGAGGAGGAAUUCUGCUAACCAUAAAAAAGACUGCACGUGUUGUAAAGAAUGGGCUCAUAUGGUGUUGCAAAAGAGCAAGAAUUUGCAUUUUCCGUGUUCUUCCUGUACUGUUAGGUUWGUCUAUGAACCUUGUUUACCCUCAGAUGA